AUGGCGCCGAGAAUCACCCUCGUUUUCCUCAUCCUCGCGACCCUCUACACCACUGUCCAUGCCAUCUUGCCUCUGUCAGUAGUUGGUUCCAAGUUCUUCACAAGUGAUGGUAAUCAGUUCUUCGUCAAAGGUGUUGCCUACCAAUUGAUCGAAGAUGAUCCUCUCAAGAACACCACUCAAUGUCGGCUCGAUGCCGCUCUCAUGAAGGAGCUUGGUGCAAAUGCCAUCCGCGUGUACCAUGUCGAUGCUACCGCCGACCACAGUGGUUGCAUGAGCGCCUUUGCAGAAGCAGGAAUAUAUCUCUUUGUCGACUGUGACAGCUUCCAGACAUACAUUCGCCUCGGCUCUGAGUCUUCCUGGACACACAACAAGUCCGACUCCUAUCGUGCGGUCGUCGAUAAUUUCCAGCAAUUUGAAAACACUGCUGGGUUUCUUGUGGGAAAUGAAGUUCUCAAUGUCGUGGAGGAUUCCCCAGCUGCCCCAUUUCUGCUCUCUGCCGCCGUGGAUUUGAAAGCCUACAUCAUCGCCAAGGGCUAUCGCAAGAUUCCCAUCGGAUACUCAGCCACAGACACAGGUGCCCUUCGACCUAUGCUCCAGAACUAUCUGGUUUGCCGGAGCGACCCCGUUGAACGUCUUGAUUUCUACGCUCUGAACAGUUACGAAUGGUGUGGAGCGUCCCCAACGUUUGAAACCUCAGGCUACAUUGCGUUGCAGGCCGAUGCCGACAACUACCCAGUCCCCAUCUUCUUUUCGGAGGAUGGAUGCAACACUGUGCCUCCUCGUACUUUCAAUGAUCAAAACGCCAUAUUUGGACCGAACAUGUCACAUACUUGGUCAGGGGCUAUAAUCUAUGAAUGGAUACAGGAGCUGAACAACUACGGACUCGUGUCCUACGGGCCGCAAGUAGAUGCUAGCAUUCAAGAAGGCUCUUCUAUUAUCCAGGGAUUCACGCGACAGGGUAUUCCCACACCAGUACAGCCAGAUUUCAAUAAUCUUCAACAGGUUUGGGCGACAAUAAACCCAGCUGGUGUGAAAUCCGCCGACUAUGCUGCCACAUUCAAAACAACUGCACCUCCUUGUCCAAGCUCAACUGCGGGAGGAUGGAUGGUGGUUCCCGACGCGCCAUUGCCCACGAUUGGAGUGGCUGGCAUCAGUAGUACUUACAGCUCGACAGAAACCCCGUCAGGGACUUCCACCAGUGGUGCUGAUUCAGCCAGCUCUGAGGCAGCAGCUGGUAGGACCGUCUCGAACCCCUUGUCAGUACACGCCUACGGAAUUGUAGGUAUGGCUACUGCGCUUGUUGCAGUCGGCGCUGGAGUGGUUUUUUGGUUGUGA